AGGGUCUCUAGGGUGCACCACUCGUGACCACUCUACGUAGUACGUCGUCCUACAUGGCUGUAUAACCUAUGCUCGAAUUUUAACCCGUCAAAUUUAUAACGAACUUCAGAGAGAAGAUUUUAUAUCUGACUAAUCUCGACGAACCACGGGUUGCAAGAGGUUUCAGUUAUAAUGUCAAAGACACACAGUCCAACGCAUUUUAACGGAGAAACAGACAACUUUUAUGAUCCAAACUUUCCUGCUGAUAUUAACACGCGGAUGCGAGUUCCCAAGAGCAUUCGUGUAAACGGAGAUUAUCCAGACGAAGACAUUGCUAUUACAAAUAGAGCUACGUGGAAUCAAAAACCUGGUAUGGACAAACUUGAAAUGCAUGUGCCAGAGAGGAUUCUUGUUGUCGGACAAGAGCAACAUGUUGGUACUAAGGCACCUCCGCCAGAGAUUAUUUUAGAAAAUGCUGUAAUGCGCACUGAGCCUGCUAUAGUUAGAGUACAGACACCUCCGAGAAUCUUGACUCUGGACAAUCACUACUUCCCAGCAGUGGAUGAAGAUGACCCUCCUAUAAAUCACAAUGAAAUUGCAAAACCAGUGGAUGUACCUAAAACAUAUAAUGCAGAAACACAAAUAACAAGACAUGUCAGAGAACAGACACCCUUUAAUGCUCUCGACGUGUCUCUGCCGCCCACUGAAGAAGUUCAGCACUUACGUCGUCAAGUAGGUAAAUUAAACCGCAGAGUGAUGGCACUCGAAUUAGACAUGCUACAUCGCCAGCAAAGAGACAAGCUCCUGUAUAUCGCGACCGUAGCAUAUUUCAUUUUAAAAGCUUUCUCCUGGCUAACCAGAAAUUGAAGUAAAUU